AUGUCGAGAUACACUCGCCUCAAUUCCAACCAUGACGAGCUCAGCCAGACGCAGAAAAGCGUCAAGGAUAAUCCUCCAUCGGCACGCCUGCAUCGCUCCGCGUACAUCCUUGUCCUGACACUCCUCUACUUUGCCAUCACUCUCUGCACUUGGAUCGUUACGUGCAUCCUGGCCUUCCGUCUGAUCACAGCCGAGCACUACGGGGUAUGGAGACCAACUAUCGUGAACAAAUCCACGGCUGACGAGAAGGAGAUCAGCGUUGCCCGAUCCCAGUACGACAAGAAUGAGAAUUGGUACCACGCGGCACGAGUGCUGCAGUCCAUCUCCAGCGUGUUAACGGUCACCCUGGCAUCCGCUGUCUGCUCCAGUGCUGCUGUCAUCUUCGCUCAGCAGCAGCAGACCCUUACAGCGCGCCGGGUCCAUGACCCUUGCAGACAAAGGCUGGGCAAAUUUGUCAACAUAUGCCCAGCUCCUUGUCCCAGGAGGCUGGCGACGGCAUGGAAGCCUUUUUGUGCUGCUUGCCAUACUCGCCAACCUCCUUGCUUUGCUGAUAUCCCCUCUCCAGGGAAUUCUUUUUCCCACCAGGACAAUCAAGACGCCCACAGGAGGUUCCUCUCUAAUGCCGUUCCUUGGUAUGCCGGACCUAUUUGUAUUGCUUAA